AUGUCAUCUAAACAAGGUAGUCAUCUCUUCGUUCUCAUACAUGGGUUAUGGGGAACUCCUCAACACAUGGGAUCCCUUAGAGAAAGUUUCCAGCAGUAUAUCGAUCCAAGCGAAAAUGCAAUUUUUUUAUUACCAUCUCAAAACUCUAAAUUUAAAACUUUUGAUGGUAUUGAGGUGCUAGGUUAUAGAGCGCUCCUUGAGAUUUGUCAAUAUAUUAGAAGGCAUAAUGAUCUAAAAGAAUGUUCCGAUCAUAAACGUAUUACACGAAUUAGUAUAAUUGGAUAUUCACUCGGUGGUUUGGUGGCCAGAUUUGUUGUUGGUAAGAUGUUUACAGAAUGUCAAGAAUAUUUUUCUGGUAUUGAACCUGUAUUAUUCUUAACAAUGGCAAGUCCGCAUCUCGGGAUACGAUUCUUUAAUCCAUCAAAGAGUAUACUUAGAACAAUUUUAGAUCCAACAAUGACUAUUCUUGGAUCGAAUGCCUUAGGGAAAAGUGGUAGAGAACUUUUUAUUGCUAAUCGAUACAAUGAUAUUUUAAUUACAUUGAGUGAAGGUGAGUUCAUUGAUGGACUAGCAAAAUUUAAAUAUAGAACUGUUUGUGCAAAUGUUAAGAAUGAUAGAACUGUUGCAUUCUACACAGCCUUUAUAACAAAUCAUGAUCCUUUUAUUGAUACUCAAAAUAGCGUGAAUUAUACAUUCGAGACUAAUAUUCCAGGAAAUGGUUACGGUUUUAGUUUACCAAAAAUUGUUGAUUUGACUAAGUUGGAUCCUAAGAAUAAACAUAUUGUGGAAGAGAAAUCACUAUCAUUAAAUGCGAAAUUAAAACUUUAUGUGUUAUUACCUUGUUUAUUCCUAGUAAUUUUCCCAAUUGCAUUACUGGUAAAUAUAUCAGGUACCAUAUAUAGACAUUUUGCUACCAUUAAAUAUAGAAAGAUGAUUAGAGAUGGAAAUUUACCAAAUAAGUUUCGCGAAAAGGUUGGGAUUAGUGAUAGAUUGGAAGCGUAUGUUAGUACUACGUAUGAAUCAAUUUUAAAAGAAAACGAAUCUGGAAAUGAUGAUUUGGAGGAAGAUGGUGACUUUAUACAAAGCGGGGAAACUUAUGUUCAAUCAACGAGUAAAAUUUCUAAUGGUAUUAAAUCAGAAGAUGAUAAAUGGGAUGCAUUUAUUCAAAAAUAUUCCAGUAUUGUUAGUGAAAAGAAUACUUGGUAUAAAAGUUUCAAUGAUCUCCCUUUUGAUAAUAAAAGAAUGACAAUAUUAGAAAAUCUUUCCAGUUUAGAAUGGAUCAGAGUUCCAAUCUAUGUUAAGGCACUUAAUGCACAUGGUAGUAUUAUUGCAAGAAGAGGUAUUGAUGAGGAUACACAACCAACUAGUCUUGCCUCUAUACAAUUUGUCGGUCAACUAGUAAGUUACCUAGUCUCAACUAAUUAA